AUGCAAACACUGCAACAGAUCGUUCAAAGUUUAACAAUAUUCGGACAGCCACGUACAAUUCAAGCACCCGCAUCUAUAAAAACAUUGACUAUUUUUGUAGACAUCAACAACCAAUCAGGUGAAACCAACAUGCACAGAAUGGCUGAGAGUCAACAGCAGCUGAGGAUGUGCUAUGUGAAUUGGCCGGUGUUGUGCAAGGUCAAACUCAAAGGCGAAGCAACACUCGAAGGGGAAGUAACAAGCGAAAGUCCUACACCAUCGUAUUCAUAAAAAAAAAACACUAGAUCUUUGGAUUCACUGAAAUUAUCAACAAAUCAGUACAACACAGCUGUAAAACAACAAGGAGUCACCAGAUCGCUGGAAAUAAGUGGGAAGAAAACAGAGACAAAAUUCUUGCAGAACUGA